UUGCUGCUGGAGGUGUAACGGACGUUAAUACCGCUCUACAAGAAGUGGUGAAGACUGCACUCAUCCACGAUGGCCUAGCUCGUGGAAUUCGUGAAGCUACCAAAGCCUUGGACAAACACCAAGCCCAUCUUUGUGUUCUUGCUUCCAGCUGUGAUGAACCUAUGUAUGUAAAGUUGGUUGAGGCCCUGUGUGCUGAGCACCAGAUAAACUUGAUCGAGGUUGAUGACAACAAGAAGCUGGGCGAAUGGGCAGGCCUCUGUCAAACUGACAGAGAGGGAAAGCCCCGUAAAGUGGCUGGCUGCAGUUGCGCUGUUGCUGAAGGCCUACCCCAGGUGUAUUAUUUUGGGCCAUGUGGGAAAUACAAUGCUAUGGUACUGGAGCUUCUUGGCCCUAGCUUGGAGGACUUGUUUGACCUCUGUGACCGAACGUUUACUUUGAAGACUGUGUUAAUGAUAGCCAUCCAGUUGAUUUCUCGAAUGGAAUAUGUGCACUCAAAGAACCUCAUUUAUCGAGAUGUCAAGCCAGAGAACUUCCUGAUUGGCCGACAAGGCAACAAGAAGGAGCAUGUCAUACACAUUAUAGACUUUGGCCUGGCCAAGGAAUACAUUGACCCUGAAACCAAAAAACAUAUACCGUACAGGGAACACAAGAGCUUAACUGGAACAGCAAGAUAUAUGUCCAUCAAUACCCAUCUUGGCAAAGAGCAAAGCCGAAGGGAUGAUUUGGAAGCCUUAGGCCAUAUGUUCAUGUAUUUCCUUCGAGGCAGCCUACCCUGGCAAGGACUCAAGGCCGAUACAUUGAAAGAAAGAUAUCAGAAGAUUGGAGACACCAAAAGGAAUACUCCAAUUGAAACUCUCUGUGAGAACUUUCCAGAGGAGAUGGCAACAUACCUUCGAUAUGUCAGGCGAUUAGAUUUCUUUGAGAAACCGGACUAUGAUUAUUUACGGACACUCUUUACAGAGCUCUUUGAAAGGAAAGGCUACACCUUUGACUAUGCCUAUGACUGGGUUGGAAGGCCAAUUCCUACUCCAGUAGGGUCAGUUCAUGUAGAUUCUGGUACAUCUGCAAUAACCAGAGAAAGCCACGCACACAGAGAACGGCCAUCACAACAACAACCUCUUCGAAACCAGAAUGCAUCGACAGAUCGUCGAGGAGAAUGGGAAAUCCAGCCCAGCCGGCAGACAAAUACCUCGUACCUGACAUCUCACUUGGCUGCAGACCGGCAUGGGGGAUCAGUGCAGGUGGUAAGUUCAACAAAUGGAGAGCUGAACGUUGAUGAUCCAACGGGAGCACACUCCAAUGCACCCAUCACAGCGCAUGCCGAGGUGGAGGUAGUGGAGGAAGCUAAGUGCUGCUGUUUUUUUAAGAGGAAAAGGAAGAAGACUGCCCAGCGCCACAAGUGACCAGUGCCUGCCAGGAGUCCCCUCCCCUCCCCCAAGCCCUGGGGACUCUUCAGUUGCACCUGCAGCUCCUGCCAUUGCUCGUUAGAAAGGACUCCUCCCUGGGAGGAGAGCAGAAGAGGAGAGGGUGGAGAUCAAAAACCAAAAAGAGAAGAAAACAGAUGUCCCAGAGGAAGCCAGCAUGGGGUUGGCCAGUGCUGAAUUGGUUCACCGCUUAAUUCCAAGCCGGAGGCUCUUGGUGGGAUCCAGAUUCCUGGCGGCUCCACCACUGCUUGCACUUGGGGCUGCCUAGUUGACUCUCCUUCCCAUUGUUUACAGUGAAGGUGUCAUUCACAAAAACUUGACUACUAUUCUCUUCCUCAGUUUACUCCUGUGCUCUGCCUUUCCCUCCUCCAAUGAAAAGACUCAUAAGUAAAGGCUUUAUAUUCUAACGUAGGGUGAGAGGACCUUCCCAGACAGGGUGGGCAGCUAACAAGUGGGAGAAAGGCAAGCCUGGAGUUGGAGAAAGAUUUCCUCCACCUUCCAGGCUCCCAUAGUAGAAUUCCUCUUUUUGUUCAUCUGUGCUGCCACUGAUCCCUGAUCUGGCCAUAGGAUGCUGGUUCCUUCCCUCUUUCCCUCCCUACUUGUGAUGCUACACUCUGGCACACAAACUAUGAGAAAUUUGCAAUCUACUGUCCCUGUAGAGUUGGUGUUCUUGGCUUUCUUGGUGAACAGGCGCUAUUCUCUAAACAGUAAUAGGACAGUGCGAAUUGUUUUGGAAAAAGAAAAAUUGACCUUAUUGCACUUUUAAUUUUUUAAUAACAUGGCAGAUGCAUAUUGUGUCUGAUUAUUUUGGGGUUUUACUUUUUCUUUGUGGAGGGAGUGGGGCUAGUGCAGCCACUGAGGGAGAAACGUGGGUCCAGAGAACAUUCUCAACAUAAGGAUCUUGGUCUUCAGUACUCAGAAAAAAAGAAGCCAAACCUCAAGCCAUCUGAACCAUCUCGCUCAGAUUGGCAAGGUCUGUAAGGAGCCAUACUUGAAUUUCCAGUCCUACUUCUCAGCUGUCGAAUGUCCCUCCCAGAGCCUCGUGACCUGACAGUUCGGUGGCCCUCGCUUGUGUGCAUAUAGACACGCUAGGUUGGACUGAAGACUAACUUCGGGUAAAUGAAUUAUCCUAGAGAAGCAGAUGACCAACCAGGAAAUAAAUAAAAGAAGUGUGCUUCUCACACAGCAUGGGUCCUAUCUGGCUAGAUAACUGUGACUUCCAGAUGACAUUGGGGUAAAAUUGAAAUAAGCACUACCACACAUUUCUGUGGGAGAGAAAAAAAAAAAAAACAAGGAGGAAAGCCAGCAUGGCAAGGAAAGGAGUGGACUUGUUCUUUGCCUUCUGAUUGUGGAAUGAAACUGGGGAUGUUUGUCAGCAGCUGAAACAAGGCCUGGUGUAGACCAUGUCUGCUUACCAGGCUGCUCCUGCAGCCAGGCUGUAGACCCGUGUGAUCUGCCUCACAUUGCUGUAAGCAAAGCCUAUGUACACCUCCCUAGGCAGGUCAAUAAACCUAGCUAGCAGCAAGAAACAGUGUCGAGAAAUUAAACACUGGAAUAAAUGGGGAAGGCAAGAUUGCUUGGUUCUGGAAAACCUUGGGGAAAAGGGAACUGUAGAGAAAGAUUUUAAAUCACUUUGUCAAUUUAUAUAGCAGGGAUAACUGUAGGAUGGGUGGGGACAGUGAGCCUAGAGAGGGGACAGAGAUCCCUUCCAAGUAGAAUGAUGAAGAAACUAGGUCUCCUUCCACUCAAAAUACUCUGCACACCAUCAUUUCAUGCUGACACACCACUGGGAAGGGGCUCAACUCUUCCACUUCCUGCGUGAACAGGGCAUAAUCUAGUUUUAGUAUUUUCAUUCUCGAUUUUCAUUGGAAUUCAGUGGCUUGUCCAGACAGUGAUAAGAAAGUGGUAAGAUUCUGGCCUAGCAGCCUAGACUGAUUGGCAGGGGGCAGAGGAAUUAUCUUUAUCAGGGAAGGGUCUUAUUUUGGGAAGGAUGAAGGGGAGGGAAAUACUCCCCUUCUCUCGUCUUAGUCUCUUACUGUAGAAGAGCGAGAGAGAGCUCUCUAUGAAGGAAGGUGGCAUCCCUUGGUCUUAGGAUUUUUAUCACAUGAAAGUCCUGGUCUCCAAAUUUUGGAUGUACCUUUGAACUUUCAGAUGUGGAGGGAGUUUCUAGUAGUUAGCCAUUUUCUGCUACCAAGUCUCUUGUUGCCUUACUUGAAUGGAGCAGAAGCAGUGCUGGCUAGAGCCAUAGUGGGGCUCCAGCUGCUCCAGGAAGACCUGGGCUGGGAGUUUAGCUUCACUGACUUCUUAUUUGUGUAGCUCAGAUAAUAAUUGUGAUUUUUCUUUUUGUUAAUUUAGCAAGAAAUCUUUCUACAUGUGAAAUGCAGAGCAGUAGGGAGGCUCCCUGUUUCCUCCAUAUCCCCCAGAAGACUUUGAAUGUUUGGGACUCCACUUCCUUGCCCUGUUAUCUGGUGGUUAUACUCCAGUUUGUAAGACUUAUAUAUGGCUUUGUGCUGGUUUUUAAUUGGUGCAUAUGCAAUUCUUUUAACUACUCCUUUCUUAUCCCUUCCCAAAGAAGGGUCUGCCAAAAGGCACCCAGGAGAAUUCUAGAAAAGGGGGCACAUCCUAGAAGAGCCUGGUGUGGCCUAGCAAUCUCAACUCUAACCAAGUGCCUCUCACCAAAAAGAAGUAAAGGCAGUGUCCUAGCCUUGCCUGGCCACCAGGUAAACCCACCUACAGAUGUGUCUAUGGCUUUUCUUGGGUCUUAACAGUUUUUCUUUGAAGGGAUAGCUCUUGAAGGGUGGGAUUUAAGUAGCUGGAGGGCCUCCUUCCCAAUGACCUAUUCCUCUGAUGCCCUCUGAAGAUUUAGCUUUCAUGAAAGAGCUGUAGAAAUGAGGAGCCAGAUCCUUAACAUCCUGGUAAUGUUUCAUGUCUGCCCAGGGCCUCUGCUAAAGUGGUAUCACACUGCUGUCACUUGGAAGAAGCAACUCGGGAGUUACAGGGUCUUCUGAUGAAAAACUGACUGUGGGAGACCUGCCUCCAAUGAAUAUUAGGAACAACCUUCCCUGCAUACCUAGAGAAAGAGUUCUCAGACAAGUUAGCAGACAGCUAGCUACAACUCAUGAAACAGGGCUUCCUUCCCCUCCAACCCUGUGAUUGUCUAACAUUGUGGCCUCUAGAAAGAAAUUGUUAAUGUGUGAAAUUCCAAAACCGUUUGCAGUGUCGAUUUUAAUCUUAAUUCCAUACUGCAGUAAUUCAAACUCUUAAGUCAUUUUAAUUAUUCUCUGGCCAUCAGAGAUUGACCAAAAAAAACCCAACAAAACAUUUAUCUUUAAAUAACUUUAAGUAUAGGAAACUCCCUUUGUUUACUUCUGCUAAUCCUAUAAUACUGUACUGUUGAAACUCACCUAAGCAUAUGCAGAUUGGUGUUAGUUACAUCCUAAACAGAUGGAGGUCAUACUGGAAUUCCACCAUCUUUCCUAGUCCUAAACUCCCCAGCUAUACCUGUUCUCUCUGAACCAGGUAAAUGACCCUAUCAUUGUUGUGGCCAAGUUUUAGAGAAUUUUCCCCAUUAGCAGGGCAGAGUUAGGAACUGUGUUGCAUCCUAAGCAUGAAAGAGCCAUUCCAUCACCACUCACCCUGUCUCCAGAUCUGCUCAGGAGCUUCCCACAGACCAGGCAGACUCUUAUUUUAGAGUGUCAUGAUCCCUGCACCAGAGCCCAGGAGACUGAGCAGCUUCUCCCUCCAGCAGUCAGCUUGCUUUUGUAAUGGCUUCAGGGAAUAUUAUCUGACUGCUCUCUGACAAAGGGAGCCAAGGAAAGGGAGAGUGUGUAUGCUGGGGGGCUCACAGAGAAGAAUUUCUGCCUGCUUUAGGCUCACAUGGAGAGCUGACUAAUGCAGGGGCAAGUAAAACAACAGCUUCAGUAGACAGCCAUGGAGGAUUCCAGCAUGUGAGUAGUGAUUGCUUAUUUAUUCUCAGUAUACUUGAAAAUGCAUUAAAGCAUCUGCUGCCCAUUAGCCAGAAAAGGUAUCUCCUUUUAAAGCAGCUUCCAAUAUAGCUAAAUGGAAAAGUACAUAUAAUGCUCAUUCAGUGUUGAUUCUCAGUGUUAGUAACUGCUUUUUAACACCAAGAGUAUGCAGCACUUGGAACAUUACUUCAAAGUGGUUACUAAGGAUCACAGCCUUAAUUUUUUUUAAUGUAAGACAUAACCCCUCCUCCUUGCCCAGUGAGCAUGGCAUGCAUUUCUUAAAAGCACUACUUCCAGCAGAGUAUUUCCCAAAAGGAACUUGUCUUUUUUCCCUCUUGAUGUACCUCCAUGCCCAGGCAUGCACAUACUCUAGACCUCCUUUGUUCCUCUUCCACUACCCCUAACCACUUUUUCUAGGCCUCUCCUUUUCCUGCAUUUAAGCCAGUUUUACACACAGGUUAGCCAGCCUGAGUAGUAUCUAAUGUCAGAGCAGGAGUUGGGCCAGGGUUCCCUGGGUUUGGAGCAUGUGAUGCAGCCUUUGUGAAACAAUUAGAAUCCACCAAGGCCAAUACUGUCUCUCUCCUGGGCUGCUGCUGCUGCUGCUACUCCUGUUAGUCAUGAUAUAUGACCCUAAGGUGAAUAUGACCAAGCCUAGGAGUCCAGAGAGUUGGAAUGAUUGCCUUGGUCUCCCUUUCUGCCAUCAGUGUGUGCUUUAAAAACAAAGGCACUGCCUUGAAGGAAGCUGCUUAUCCACAGACAAACCAGGGCCUGGUCACCUGCACAGAAGCCUUAUGGAUAUCUCCUAGGCCCCCAACUCCUAGGGUCUUCACCACGAAGGAUCAGUUAGGAAUCUAAAGUGUGAUUUUUUUGUUUUUUAUUUUGUUUUUGGUUUUGUUUUUUAAAGGAAAGGAAAAUGUGACCCUUUUGAGGGUACUUGAAGUUUUGAGCAGUGUUUUAACCGCAAAGUAGGAAUUUUGAUGUACUUGACUAAUUAAGCAGUCUUAAAACAUUGGUAUGUUUUCUUUAAUUCCAUUUCCAGGUAACUGAGUGGAGAAGAACUGGUUUCUCCAUUGUACUCAAAACAGUAGGUAGAUUUAAAUUCCGCUGAGUAUAGCCAGUGGAAAGCAUAUUUCCCCAAAUCAACCAGAAAAUCCACUCCAGUAUUUGUGUGUAGAUCAGCCUAUGGAGAAAAAAGUGAAUGUGUAUUUCAUGUAUUUCUAGUUUGAUUUACCAAACUCAUUGUUAUAAAAAAACCUCAGUUAUCUAAACAAGAUUUUUUUUUCAGUCCAGUAAAAUUUCUGAUGCCAUCAUUGUCUGCAAGGUGUCACAUUAGAGAAGUGUCCCUGGUAGCAUAUGGGGGUGGUCCGUAAUCGUCCUCCUGCUAAUAAAUACCAGGAAUGUGGUGGUCUUGACAGUCAGCUUUCUUCUAACCCGCCCCACCAUUGUGCACGUGACCUUUUUCUUUUUCAGUGUUCCUCUUCUUGAGCUCUAGACCAAAUCCCAGGUUAUCUCUUGCACAGAAAGCCUUUAAAAGGUUUGUCAGUCUGUUAGGAAUGUCUCAGGAAAAUGAGCCAUUUCUUUGGGGGUAGGGAGUGGAAUUAUAUACUGACGUGUGUGUAUGUAUGUAUGUAUGUAUUUCCUAACCCUACCUACUUACAGCUCAAGCUGCUCUAAACUGUGUUCCUGAGUAUUCUCCGAAGAAAACAAAUGAUAGAUGAGUGCAGCAUGCUGAUCCUGGUAAAGAUUCUCAUUUGUCGAACAGAAAGAAGAGUAACAAUAGAAAAUAUGUAGAUGAUACCAAAAAAUAUUUUAACCCCCCAUGGAAAAUAAUAUUAAGUCACAAAUUCCCACUGGAUAUAUUGCAAGCUAUAAUUUAUUUUGUUAUUAUUUUGUCUAUUUCUUUAACUGUUGCCCUUGUACUUUCAAGAGGGGAUGUUGGGGAUAUCGAUUGCAACUUUUUUUUUAACUGUAAAAUGUAUAAAUCAGCUGUGGAAAUCAUUUUUUAAAUUGAUAUCGCGUGGAUGUGUCUGAUUCUUGUUAAAUGCCUUUUUGAGUUUUUUAUCUUUUAUUUUAAAUAUGUAAUGCAAUAUUUUAUUCAUAAAACCCUGGCACUGGUCUCGAAGCUCAGCUGUGAAAAUGAAACUUGUAGUAUUUUUUAACAUGAAUGUCAAUUUAAAGUGUAUUUGAAAUGGUUCUACCGGGAUAAGGGCUUAUAUACCACUGGGAAAAGCUCCUCCCAGGGGGGAGUGGCUUUCUUUGGAGAACAUGGGUCCUGAUAUCUUUGUCUCUGAAUUGCCCAUUUCCUAGGGCAGCAGGAGAAAUACAAAUGUGAUCUUAAAGUACACCUCUUCCCCACUUUUGGGAGGGGAAGGGACUCAGUUUGCACCCUUUUUGUAUGUAAAAUAAAAUGUCUUACCUUUCA